UCACGACUUGUGGCGCGUGUGUGGAUACUCGAAUGAUGACGCGGAGGGUUAACACAGAAGCAGAUGCAAACGGUUCCACAGUUUCUAGGUAACUGCGCAGCAAGCUGAAGGAAAGAAGAACCCCAUUUUAAAGUAGUUAAAUGGAAGCAAAUGGUGUGUAUAUAUAUAUAUAUAUUUGAAAUAAAAGUAACACAUUAGAAAUGUAUAUAGUGGCCACUGGGACAAAGGAAAGUGUAUUUACAUGUAAUUGCGCGGCAAGCGGGAGGCAGGAAAGUCAACCACGACAGGAUUGCUUUCCAAGUAAGCUAAAAGCUUAAAACAUAGUAGUACAAGAGAAGACUUUCAGAAUCUAUCAAACACGAUGUGAAAAGUAUUUUUAAGGACGAACACUGAAACUAAAAGAAGAGAAACAAGGAUGAUCAAGGAGGUUGAGAUUCUGGUUAGUUCUGUUGCGGGAGCUAUUGCCUCUGAGGUGCUGAAAUUUGCGAUUGAAGAGGCGAAGCUGGUGUUUGCUUUCGACGAUGUGUCUAAGGAGCUCGCAUCGACCAUGGAGGAUUUGCUUCCGAUAGUGAGAGAGAUCGAAUCGAUGCAAGACGGUGGGGAGCUAAAGACUCUGACGGAUACGAUCGACAAGGCUCGUGUGUUGGUUGAGGAGUGCAAAGGCGUCAAGAAGUGGGAGAUACACUUGAAAGAGUAUUAUACAAGAAGAGUUGAUAAAAUCAACAGGAAGUUGGUCAACUUCUGUCAGGUUCAUCUACAGCUAAUUGGGCGUAGGAACGAUGGGAAGAACUUUACACAUAUGCUUGUAGCCCGAAGCUUUGUUCAGUUCCCAAGAUUGAUGAUAAGUAUCCAUCAUCUUCUUUUUCAGAUAUUGAAACGUUGCAGUGGACUCCCACUCGUAAUCGACGUAGUUGGCGUUCCACCUCUCAAUUAUUGGAAAGGUCAGGUGGAAAGCUGGUCUGAAGGGGAAACAAUUCUUGACAGUAGCAGAGUGCUACAACAUCUGCAGCCUAGCUUCACUGCCCUGAAACCUCAUCGUCUUAAAGAGUGUUUCAUGGACAUGGGUUCGUUUCUCGAGGACCAAAAGAUACGUGCUUCCGUUAUAAUUGACAUAUGGGUGGAACUAUAUGGUAAAGGUACUACUAGUAGUAGUUUCGUGUACAUGAAAUACCUCGAUGACCUUGCUUCCCACUACCUGCUUAAACUUACUCCUCUCGGGAGAAAUGAGCAGGAAGAUGGUUUCUACAAUGAGCUCGUGGUCACUCAACAUGAUGUCCUGAGGGAGCUUGCUAUUCAUGAAAGCGAAUCAGAAGCAGUAAUGGAAAGAAAAAGACUCAGUUUGGUGAUACAAGGAGAUGACUAUCCUGACGUGCGUUUGAUUCAAAGGGAGUCUGCCCGCUUCCUCUCUAUCUAUACAGAUGAUUUGUUCUCUUCGAAUUGGGAGGAAAUGGAUUCAUUCGAGUUCCCCAAUGUUGAGGCUUUACUUCUUAAUAUCUAUUCAUCAAACUAUAAAUUACCGAGAUUCAUUUCCACAAUGAAGAAACUCAAGGUUGUGGUUAUAAUAAAUCACGGUCCUAAUUCUGCAACAUUGACCAACUUGUCAUGUCUCAGCUCUUUACCGAAACUGAAACGGAUCAGGCUGGAGAAAGUUUCAAUCACUUUUCUGGACAUUUUCAAAUUGCAAAGUCUCAAGAAGCUGUCUUUGUUCAUGUCUUGUUUCGGUCAGUUUUCUCAUGACAAAAACGAAAUAGACGUCUCUAAAGCUCUAUCAAGUUUACAAGAGGUGAAUCUAGACUACUGCUAUGAUCUCGAGAAGUUACCUAACUGGAUCUCUGAAGCUGUUUCGUUGGAGAAACUUAGCAUCACAAACUGUCAUAAGCUCUCUAUGCUUCCUGAAGCUAUAGGCAACUUGAGCAAGUUGGAAUUGCUGAGGUUGUGUUCUUGUAUUAGUCUCUCUGAGGCUGAGCUACCCGAAACUAUUGUGAGACUCAGCAACCUGCAGUUUCUGGAUAUUUCUCAUUACUUAGGAUUGAAAAAGUUGCCUCUAGAGAUUGGGAGGCUGGAGAAGCUGAAGAAGAUCUCCAUGAACAAGUGUUGGAAAUGUGAAGUGCCGAAUCUAGAGAAUCUGGAGGUGAAAUGCGAUGAAGAAACUGCGGUGGUCUUGUGGAAAGGUUUAGGGCAAAAAAUGAUAAACUUGAAUGUUCAAGUGGAGGAAACAGAGCACAACCUGAACUUCCUUCGAUUGUUGUAAGUUGUGAGUGAAAGAACAUUGUCACUAGCUUUUGUGUGUGUCUUGUAAUGUUGUUUAUUCGUCUCAUCAUCCAAAUGUAUCUGUUUUUACUAAUAAAAAACUGUCUACAAUUACA